CCUUUUUCCAAAUUCAGUUGUUAAUACCUAAAAUAUCCUUGAUAAGCUUUCCACCACCUUCAUCAUCUCAAGAAAAGCAAUGACAAAAAAGAGCCACUCAAAUGUUCAAUAAUUGGACGCUUAUGCAUCAACUCCACUACCAUCAACCUCUAUAAUAUACUUUCCCCCCUUUUGAAUCCCACCGUCUCCUUUCCCCCCUCUAAGUUUAGCAUCACUCUCAGCCUUCUUCACUAAGAAAAAUCAUUCAGUACAUUGCCCUACUUAUUUGCACGAACCAUUACCAGAUAUUAGACCACGGAGACACAAGAGUAGAAUAACACACUUUUGUCCCUACUUCAUAACAAGAAACACACAGAGAACACACACUGAACUGGAAUUAUGAGUGCUGAUUGGGGACCGGUGGUGGUGGCAGUGGUGAUGUUCAUCCUCCUCUCGCCGGGGCUUUUAUUCCAGUUGCCGGCAAGGACGAGGGUGAUUGAAUUCGGCAACAUGUACACUAGUGGAAUCUCUAUCUUAAUUCAUGCAAUUUUGUACUUUUGUAUCUACACCAUCUUGAUUGUUGCCAUUGGAAUUCAUAUACAUGCUGGCUGACUUCACAUGUAAACAUCAUUUUCAAGAAUACAAGUUAUUCC